GAACAGGCUACCUCAUUCACUACCAUUGAAAUCAGGAAAGGCUAAAUGCACAGGACAAAAGUGCACUUAAUAUGUUAAGGUUAGCAGGUUGUAUGACUUGGUGGCUGUGCCAGCUAGUGACCACUCUGCAGAGCUGCCUCCAGAACAAGCCUCGGGACAAAUAGCGCUCUCCUUCCUGCAUCUUGUAGAGGCCUCCUGCGUUGCCAGGACAACCAGAAGGGGCUGACCCCGUCCACGUGACAGAGCUCCUCUCUUCUCCUGCCUCCGGGUGUAGUGUGUGUUGUCUGCUGCCACUGUGACAGAUUUUGGGGAAAGAGAAAGUGGUCUGCUCUGGUCUUGCCACCAGACAGUGGUCGUCUGGACCGAGAGAGCAGUCGGUCGUUGAGAGAUGGAGCUCUCUGCGGUCGGGGAACGCGUUUUCGCCGCGGAAGCCAUUCUGAAACGCCGCGUUCGCAAGUCUCGCCUAGAAUACCUAGUGAAAUGGAAAGGAUGGGCACUGAAACACAGUACCUGGGAACCAGAAGAGAAUAUCCUGGAUGACAGACUGAUCGCAGGAUUUGAACAGAAAGAGCGUGAGAGAGAACUCCACGGACCAAAGAAGAGGGGACCCAAACCCAAAAACCUUCCUGCCAAGGCACGUGGAGCCCAGAAGAGGGAGACCUCCACCCCUCGAGCUCCUCGCUCCACUUCUUCCUCUUCUCCUCGAGCCCCUCCAUCCUCCUUCCCCUCCGCCUCUCCAGCGCCCUCCCCUAAACUCAACUCCCUGGCAGCGACACACAAGCUGAAGAAAGACAUUCGCCGCUGCACUAGUAUGUCCCGCCGCCCCUUACCUCGCCCCGACCCCCUGGCCUCUCCCGGAUCCUUCUCCGGCUCCAGUGGGUUCCCCUCGCGGCCCCCCAUCUCCCCCUUCUCAGAGACCGUCCGCAUCCUCAAUCGUCGCGUCAAACCACGCGAGGUCAAACGGGGUCGCAUCAUCCUAAACCUCAAGGUCAUCGACAAACCAGGAAGUGGAGGCGGAGGAAGGGGCGGCGGGGGUAACCGGAGGGCGCCAUCCGGCUCCAUGUCCCUCCAAGGGGGUCGUCAGAACAUCCCCUCCCGAAAUAGGAUCAUAGGGAAGAGGAGUGGAGAGGCUCCGUACCGGCCCUUCCAGCCCAUGCUGGGGUUCCCCAUGUACGGGAAGCCGUUUGGUCUCCAGUGUGGCGGCCCCGGACCUCUACACCUUCCACACUCAGCUACAGGCUCCAGCACAGGGACCUCAGGGGAUAGGGACACCCAGCCACCCCCCUCUCCCUCCAGCUCCAAUGGAUCCACCACACCCGCCCAGAACCAUCCUACCGCUCCUGGACUUGGCACUGGGGCCUCUGCCUCUGGGUCGGCUCCCAACUUGAGCACCCAGGCUUCGGCCUCCUCUGCCCAGUCUACCCCUAACCACCCCCCAGAGCUCCAGAAGAACCAGAACGCCGAACAAGGACCAAACCCCCUCCUCCCCUCCCUCUCCUUUGCUUCUGGAUCCUCCUCUUCCUCCUUUGAUGAAGAGGAGGAUGAUGCUGAUGCUCUGGACCUUUCUGCACCUCAGGAGGGGAAGAGGAAGCUUCGCCGUCGGCGCCGGCAGAAACGCCAGCCUCCCUCCGUCAGUACCGCUUCCCCUCCUCACCCCGCUGCCGCCAGCUCCUGCCCCUUGACCUCCAACCUUCAGAGGGUCCCCGCCGAGGGCGACCCCGACUGGCACCCGGAGAAGGUGGUGAGCAGCGCCAACGUGGUCGUGACCGACGUCACCACCAACCUCCUCACCGUCACUAUCAAAGAGUUCCCCUCUCCCUCAUCCCGCUCCUCCUCCCCCCAACCAAUACACCCAGAAAAUACCACCUCCUCACCCCAACUGAAGAACCCCCCACAACCCAAGCCAUCUAUCGAUCGCUUUAGCCCAUCUCGCCGCGCUGCCGCUAUGAAGUUCGUUGUAGUCUUGGUCGGUGCUGGUUCUGUGGUUUUCCUCGGCGCGGUCAUCUGCAUCAUCGCCAGUGUUUACCCGCGGAAAGCUGCCGCGCCCCAGGACCUGUCCGACAACGCGACUCUGUCUGCUGAGCCCUUGUUUUCCCUCGGCUCGGUGGCUCACGCCGGUCCAUUGGGCGCUCUCCAUGGUGCUGAAUCCUACGAGGGCGGCGGAGGAGGCGGCUUGGGGCUGGGGGGUCCCACCACUCUCAACGAGCUCAGCCCCGGGGAGGUGACCGGUGAUGGUGGAGGGGCGCCGAAGCAGUUCAGUUUCAGCCGGCUCAUCUGCACUCCGAUUCCCGCCGGAGAAUGCAAUGCCAAGAGCAUGAAGCAGCAGGCGGACGACCCUUCACUCUAUGUGGAUGAAGACUGGAGCUACCUCCGGACCACCGCGGACGACCUCCGGCAGACGGUGGUGCAGCAGAACGGCCAGAUACUCAUAGAUCAGCGGACCAUCCGUGAGCUGUCGGGGAAACUAUCGGAGUGCGAGACCGGCCUGGAGGACGGGAGUCCCGGGCACUCCGAGAGGAGCCUGGGCGCCUGGGCGGGAAACCGCCGACUCAUGGCCGGGGAUGAUGUGACCUCAUCGGCCGCUGUGCAGCUGCAGACCGCUAGAGCCGUGGAGGAGCUAGAGAGGGCCAUUCUCAACCUGAAAGACCGCAUCGAGAAACUGGAGUUGGAGAUCGGCCCUGCUGCCCUGAACCUCUCCGUUGAGACUCCAUCCCCCAGCGCCGGUGUGGGCGUCAGCAGUGGCAUCGCUACUAAAGUUCAAGGGUCACCGUCAUCAGCAUCAACGACAGGAGGCGGUAGUGUAUCCUCGGGGGGGCGAAAGGCCCCUGGGGGCCCUGGCAGAGGAGGCGGAGGCCCCUGGAAGGACCUGGAAGGAGAGCUGGAGAGGAAGAUUGAGAUGCUGGAGAAAGAGCGGAAGGCGCUGAGGAAGGAGACACAGACACAUCACAAACAGAUAGACCAAGGGAUUGAUACUCUACACCACCGCAUUGCAGAGCUGGAACAGAGUCUGACAGAGUACAACUAUCCAGACGGCUAUGUCCUCUCCUUCCCCGUGAGGACCAGAUACAUGUACGGCCUGGUGCGGAGAGAAAUGCCUGAGAUGUAUGCCUUCACCGCCUGCGUCUGGCUCAAGGUGAAAGAGGGGGGUAUCGGUACCCCCUUCUCCUACUCCGUCCCGGGACAACCCAACGAGCUGGUGCUGCUGCAGGGGAUACACAACCCUGUAGAGCUUCUUAUCAACGACAAGGUAGCUCAGCUGCCCCUGUCCCUUGCCCAGGGUGUGUGGGAGCACAUAUGUUUGAGCUGGACCCUCAGAGACGGGGUAUGGAAGGCCUACCAGGGGGGGAAGCUGAAGGGGCGCGGAGAGGGGCUGGCCGCAUGGCACCCCAUCAAGCCAGGAGGAGUGCUCAUUCUGGGGCAGGAGCAGGACACGCUGGGCGGUCGUUUCGACGCCUCCCAGGCCCUGGUUGGGGAGCUCUCCCAGUUCAACCUGUGGGACAGGGUCCUGAAGCCUGCUGAGGUAUCCGCUCUAGCUGCCUGUUCCUUGGGCACACUGGGCAAUGUGGCCCCCUGGACAGACCAGGACGUGGAGGUCUACGGAGGGGCCACCAAGGAGGCUGUAGACCCCUGCAACCAGCCACCCCGGGCCAGCCCCAGCUCUAGCCCUAAACAGUGAGGGGUUAGAUGGGUUGGUAGAGGGGUCUCUUGGUUGUUAUAAAGGGGAGCCGCUCAGUGAGGCCAGAGGGGUAGUUGGUUUGUUGAUGCUCCUUAUAAGAGGGGGGUUUAAAGGUGUUUUUUUGGGGCAGGGGUUGUGUGAUGGGAAACUGGGGUAGAGAUGGAGAGUCAGUUGAGUUGUUUUAAAGGGGGAUUGCUAUUUCCAAGAGAGGGUGGGUGUGCUUGAGGAAGCCUUUCGGAGGGUCUGGGAUCAGGGGGCGUAGAGAUUAGUUGAGUAGGAGUGUUGUUAUCCGGGUGUUGUUCACCCACUGAAGGUGUUAACAUCAACAGCGCCACAGCUGUUGAGAACAACACCCAGACUAGCUUUAGGCUCUCAGCCCCCAAGGGGAGAGCUACAUACACCACGCCUCAUCACAUCUCAUCUCAUCACGUGUUCUGAAGCUUGUGCUUCUAACUUCGGAAUAGGGAUUUUCUUCCUCUUUUGGAGAUGUGUUGCUACUCAGCUGUGUUUGUGAUCAACAACGGCUCGGUAAAAGUGAGCGUCUGGACUGCUUUUUCUACUGCGCAUUUUGUUGAUUUUCUUUGCAGCAAUGUUGUUUUUUUCUAACACAGUCUCCUUUCUAUGUAUGUGUGUUACGUGCUUUCAGAUCAACCUGUUGCGACUCACAAAACCUCUCACAAAAAUACAAUUGUAACGGCCCAGCACAACGUAUUGCCAGAGAGAUAGCUGUUGCGAGUCACAUGGAUCAUGUAAAUUAAGAUGUCAAUUGAUUUCUUAGAUUCAUAACAUCCAUCUGGUUGACUUAAAGAGGCAAUCUGUUGAGUGAUUCGUACAUCCACUGUGGCAGGGUGUCCGCUUUGUUGUUGUUUCAACUGCAGAUUCGCCCUUUACAGUGAUUUGUGACCUGUCUCAGUGUUUUUUUUAAAUGUAAAGCUGAUGGAAUGGAAUGUAUAUCUGUAUGCAUGAGAAAAGCUUUUUCAAAAUUAGAGGUCAGAGGUCAGAUUUCUAAAUAGUCCUGUUUCCAAGACAGCAACAACACAAAAACGUACAACAAUAUUAACUAUUGAAUGGUGCGCUUCACCCCACAAAGGCCAAAAUUAAUACGCACCUCAAAGAAUGUGUAUUUAGCUUGAUCUUACCUUCACAGAAUUGCUUAAUAAGUGGGUACAGAAGGGACAUUGGGACACUGAUGUUGAGUUGGGGGGUGUAGUGAAGAAAAGUGUACCCGGAUUAUUGGGUGUCCUUCCCCCACUUCACCAUUGACAUAUGGUUGUAAAGUGCCUGUCUGGGUAUUACACGCCCAAUGCACAUGUCAAAUGUAUUUUAUUCUCUCUCUCUCUCUCUCUCUCUCUCUCUCUCUCUCUCUCUCUCUCUCUCUCUCUCUCUCUCUCUCUCUCUCUCUCUCUCUCUCUCUCUCUCUCUCUCUCUCUCUC